AUGACAGGGCUUGCGGUGAGGGGGGGGCUCAGGUUUAAGUGUCUCUACCUGUUCGCCCGUGUGAAGCAGAAGACAUCCAGACGAGGCUCGACGAGGCUCUGCUCUGAACAGAACAGGUUGAACAUCUGCGAAAACACCAGCAUCAUGUCAGAACAAGAUGACAGAAACCGGGUGUUUCGAACUACCAGGGUGCGGACGUCACUGAAAAAUGAUGUCAGUUGGAUCCAGAAAUCAGCACCAGAAAAGAACGAGGAAGACGGUGCAAGGACGGAGCAGCAGGCUGCGGAGACCAGACCUGGCCUUCUCCGUUUGAAUUCAUACGUCCUAUCCACGGCCAAGAAAUUUGAAUCAUUAGCUUCUCCACAGAGCCCUCCCCACCAAAACACACACUUCAUUCCAUCCAAAAGGCCCCAAGCACCAACAGAAGAGCUUAUCCAAAGAGGUGAGGAACAACCAGAAAAAUCUCUUGCCAACACAACAGCAGAAAAUAAGGAAGAAAAUGCUGACCAGUCAAACGUAGAACUCAAUGGGGGCACCACUGAGGUCUCUGUGGAUAUUCAUGUGAACGAACAUAUCUUCAAUGGUGAGGCACAACCAGUUCCUUCAAUAAAAGAGGCUGUGGCGCCAGCUGAACACCCAGUCAUCAGCACAACCGCAGAAAACAAGGGAGAAUAUGCUGAUACAGCAGAUGACCAGUCUAAUGUAGAACAAAGUGAGGUCAAGGUCUCCGCAGAUGCUCAUGUGGAAAGUCCUGCAGCAGAAACCUUUGCUGCAGCUGGCACAGAGGAGUGUAAAGACACUGCUGAAAUCCUUCUGAAACCUCAAGAGGUACCUUCAAGCGAAAUAGAGUCAGCAAAUGCGACAAAGUUAGAGGAUGCAGGAGUAGAACCUACUGUACAACAUGCAGAGAGGAGUUGUGAGAAAUGUCCUCCAGAAGCUGUUAUUGCGGUGGAGUCAUCACCUGAUGAGAGUGAUGUGAUUAAUGCAACGCCAGAAGAAGAGGCUGCUGUGCAACAAAUUGUGGAACCAGUUGCUGAUCUAGUGGCAGACUUUGUAUCUAAAUUGCCCCCUCAACCUGCUGCUGAAGCUGCUACAGAUGGGAAUCAAGACAAAGGUCCUCCACAACAGGCUGUUCUGGAAACUGUUGAAACUAUAACUGAGGUUAAUGUGGUGUCAGUGCCUGAGGCACCUGCUGUGAUUGAGGCAGCAGGAGAAGAAGCUGUUGUUCAACAAAGUGUGGAACAGGUUCCUGACUUGGUGGUUGAAUAUGUAUCCGAAUUGCCCCCUGAACCUGCUGCUGAAGCUGCUACAGAAGGGGGUCACGAUGAAGGUCCUCCAGAAAAGGCUUCAGAAGAAAGUGUUGAAGCUGUAGUGACGGUUGAGGUGGAGUCAUCGCCUAAUGAAAGUGAUGUGGUUAAUGCAACACCAGAAGAAGAGGCUACUGUCCAACAGAGUGUGGAAUCAGUUCCUGAUCUAGUGGCAGAAUCUGUUUCUAAACUGCCCCCUCAACUUGCAGCUCCAGCAAAGGGGAGUCAUGACAAAGAUCCUCCAGAACAGGCUGUUGUUGAAACUGUUGAAACUAUAACUGAGGUUAAUGUGGCGUCAGUGCCUGAGGCACCUGCUGUGAUUGAGGCAGCAGGAGAAGAAGCUGUUGUUCAACAAAGUGUGGAACAGGUUCCUGACUUGGUGGUUGAAUCUGUAUCCGAAUUGCCCCCUGAACCUGCUGCUGAAGCUGCUACAGAGGGGAGUCAUGAUAAAGGUCCUCCAGAACAAGCUGCUGAAGAAGCUGUUAACCCGGAAACUGAGGUUAAUGUGGCAUCAUCACCUGCUGUGACUGAUGCAGCAGGAGACGAUACUGCUGUCCAAGACAGUGUGGAACAGAUUCCUGACUUGGUGGUCGAAUCUGAAUCCGAAUUGCCCCCUCAACCUGCUGUCGAAACUGCAGCCAUUUAUGCAGCCUCAACAGAGCCAGUUUUACAGACAAGAGCUGAAGAGGUAGUUGAGUGUGAAGUCCAGCCUGCUAAUAACACUGUUGUUGAGCAAAGCAUCGAGCUGCCACAUGAGAGCACACCAGGUCGCAAGGUGGAGCCGUGUAUCAAGGAUGCGCUUGAACCUACAACAGCUCCAGAAGCUGAAGCUGCUCAGGAGUUCACUUACAGAGCCAUUGAACUGACAGAUGCAUUGGAUGUAAAACCACCUGCACCAGAAGAUGAAGCUGCUCAGGAGUUCACUUACAGAGCCAUUGAACUGACAGAAGCAUUGGAUGUGGAACCACCUCCACCUGAAGCUGCUGAUGAACCUCUGAAAUCUCCAGAACAAUCCCACACCGAGGAGAUGACACCAGCCAUCUCUGACAUGCUCCAAACGCCGGUAGAGGAGCCACCAUCCAGAGAAAUCCUGUAUGAAACCAGGGAGAGCAUAAGUGUUUGUUCAGUCUGUGACAAAAUAAUUGGAAAUAUCAAGAUCUCAUUCAGUGAACCCCCGGUAAUCUACCACCCUGAAUGUCUGAAGUGUGGUGUGUGUGAUAAGGCCCUGGGAGAUAUGCUGACCCCCAUGUUUUUGCAUAACCAAGUGAUCCAAUGUGAUGGCUGCUUUGCAAAAACUCACAAGACCUCAAGCCUAACUGGGACAAAUAUGUCAUCAGAGACGACCCAAAGCAUACUGUGAUUAAUGUGUUGUUUGGACUGAGAAGUUCACCACUGCUGCCUUAACUCUGUAUUCUGUGUUCUGAACCAAUUUCUGUAUGUUUUUUUAGGACAUAGUUUAUUGUCAGCCUGUAAUGAAAAGAUUUGGCAGUAUAUUGUUUAUUGUAGUAAUUGCCAAAGUUGCUUAAAUGAAAUACAAUCGAGAUGAAAGAUUUCUUUUUAUUGCAACAUACUGUACAUGGUUAAAAUAAAAAUCACAAAUGACUGCGUCAGAUGUAAAUGGUUUAAUCAGCCUUAAUUUCUAAUGAGCACACACAACACAGCCCAGCUCAGUGAGUAGCAGGGCUUAGAC